AUGAUUAGACUAGGUAGAUGCGCUCGAAAUCAUAUUUUAACACGCCCAGGUGCGUCUUUGAUUGCGUACCGUUUGCAAGCGCAACGGUCGCGCGAUCCCAAGCAUAUUUUCACGGAUCCUUCAAAUAAUGAGAUUCUAGAUACCAAACACUUCUUCACGGUGCCAAACCAGAAGCUUGACAAUGGACAAGAAUCGAUUGCGACUGCUAUUCAGGAGAGCAUCAAGUCUCAGCGCCGUAGACGAGUCAAGCAGAUUUUAAGUGCGUUCAUAGUUGCCGUUGUGGGCACGAUAUUCGGUUACAAUGUAGGCUACAAAGUAAUGUAUUUACACGAGCAGGCCUUCAUACCAGCGUACCCGGUCCCAAAAAGACGCAGUUUCACCGCAGACGAGCUCAGAACGAUAAAUGUGGAUGAAAUCAAAGAAAUGGCGGAUUACAAGCUGCUGGAAAAACUCUCGAUGCACCCGAUGAUCAAAGAGGAAUAUGGCGUUCCUCUGCAUCAUGCGCCUGGAGUUCCGCUCAGAAGCCGUGAGUUUUCCGUUUGGCAAGAAAACCCAAAUCCGUGUCUCGCAGGCGUUCUUAUCGCGCCCUACAAUGCCCCCAAGGACGUGUCUAAAUGGCACAGCAUCCCGUUUCUCUUUAAAUGGAGGCUAGUAACCCGUUCGAUUAACGUAAUGAAUUAUGUGGACAGCUUUCUGGACCGAUUCGGGACGGGCACUUCGGAUCUGCUUGAGGUCGUCAAUGCUAAUCGCGAACUUGGGGACUACAAGUACGAGCGACCUCAACACUAUUCUCAGAACCACCGAGCCUCGCACUUGUGGUUUUUGGGCGAGAUGGAUCUCGGGGAUGGCUCUAUGAUUGUUUACAAGGGCAGAUAUCAUGUCGACAUCAAGUUGCAGCAGGUGGAUCUCCUGAGACGGGAAAACAAUGAGCUGGUGCGCUACGUGCUGUACCAGGCCAGUGAAAAAUGA